UUGCGCUUCGCCGCACCAUCCGGUCCUCCAGGCACCCAGUCUGGUCCAUCCUCAUCUUCGUCAUCCUCAUCGCCGCCGGUUGCAGCACUGUACCCGGAACGCCCACGGUUCUUCUCGUCCAUCUUCGCAGCACAAGCCGGGACGAGGUUACGUAGCGUGAUGAGCCGGUCGUUGAUCUUUUCACGCCUACGUCUUUCAAUCUGGGAGUGCGUCGCACGGCGUCGAGUGUCGCGUGUGCCUUUGCUCCCACCUCGGGUUGCGCUCGCAAUAAAGCUUGUGCACGCGGGCUUCCCGGAGACACAGUGUGGUGGCACUGAUGCCGAUUUUCCUUGCAUGUUGGGGCCCCGAGACGGGAGGGACGACCCGGAGGCUAGUGACGAUGUCGUUUGGGUCGACGUUUCGUGGCCACCGUGGCCUUUACUGCUCUCUGCAUUCGCAGCUUCUGUCGUGGAUAACGGCAAUGUGAUUGAGGCUGAUGAGAAUAACAGCGCGGAAGAGGGAGCAGCAGCUCCAACCGCAGCCUGUGCGGCUGUAGAAGAGAGAAUGGUCCGUAGAGACAUGUGCUACCUUUUCACUUGUACAGAACAGGUAGGUAUAGUUGGCAGUCACUUGGGAUUCUGGUUGAAAGGCUGUGCCAGAACUGAUGCUCAGGUUCCAACUGUAGGAAUCAGCUCUUCCCCCCGAGGUCGAUGAAGUUGCAACCCGUGAUGGUGAUAGUACCGAGUUCACGGAGAAAGUCCAGUCUGUCUCUAUUUGCGGACCUUCAUCAACAAUGCAGCGAACGCCGAAACGUAAGCAAGUUCACGAGCAUCUCGAGCCC